UGCGUAGCAUCCCUCCGGCGAUGAUGAGAAGUAAGGUUCUCUCUCUCUCUCUCUCUCUCUCUCUCUCUCUCUCUCUCUCUCUCUCUCUCUCUCUCUUCACCAGUGAAAGGUGAAGCCUCUCCCACUCUGCGUCUAUAUUUGUUCUUCUGUCUGGUUGUAUUUUGUGUCACCAAGCCUUACGACGCACAAGAGGUGGGACGAGGAGAGAAAGAUACAAGAUGAGGCCUCCAAGUUAAAUAAGCUUCCGCGUCUUUCUCCUUUCUUCGCUUGCCCCCUUUCUCCGAGAGAGAGACACAGAAGAGAGAGAAUGCAGUUCUUCGUCAAGACCCUUACGGGAAAGACGAUCACGUUAGAGGUGGAGAGCAGCGACACCAUCGACAAUGUCAAGGCCAAUAUUCAGGAUAAGGAGGGCAUUCCCCCAGAUCAGCAGCGGCUCAUAUUUGCCGGAAAGCAACUGGAAGAUGGGAGGACCCUUGCGGAUUACAACAUCCAGAAGGAGUCAACCCUUCAUUUGGUCUUGAGGCUGAGGGGUGGGACUAUGAUCAAGGUUAAGACGCUUACUGGGAAGGAGAUCGAGAUGGAUAUCGAACCCACCGAUACCAUCAACAGGAUCAAGGAACUUGUGGCAGAGAAAGAAGGAAUCCCGCCUGUCCAACAGAGGUUGUGCAGCAUGUUCUUCUCUGGAGUUUCCGUUAGAUCUUUUUGAUCAUUUAGCUUGGAACGAAGCAGUGCUUUCUUUCUUCUUCAUCUGUGACUUAAACUUCUGAUUGAUCGUCAUGUUGUUUACAUUGUUAAUUUGUGCUGGUCUCUGAUUGGUAUGUUAGCUUUCACUGUU